UCGUCAAAGUCAAUGGCGGGCUGCGUUUGUUGACUUUUAUUUGUUGUUGUAACGGAAAAACUUAAAUUUUAUUGGAAUAAGUUAUUUAUAUUAGAUAUUUUGUAUUUGAAGACUGUGUUGCAUUACUUACGGAAGGAAUUUAUAAGGUUGAAAGAUGAGUUUUACCUUUGGUUCUGCUACUACGACAGCGGCAAGCACGUUCGGAACAAAUUCGCCGUCUACGGGUUCAGGUUUUGCAUUUGGCAGUGGUGAUGCUGCUAAACAAGGGCUAUUUGGAGCUGGAAAUGCAGAAAACAAGCCAGCAUUCAAUUUCUCGAGUCCUUCAGGUGGGGGGUUCUCGUUUGGAGCUGCUAAAACUACAGCUGCUGCACCUUCAGUCUUUUCAACACCAGUGACCAGCAGUACAGCUCCAGCGUUUGGUGCUUCUAAACCUAUAAGCUUUGGAGGCUUCACAUCACCACCCAACCAGACCGUUGGCAGUCCAGGGUUUCCACAAAUGCAGAGUGGAGCUACUACAGCAGCGCCUACAUUCGGAACACCAACUACACAAGCUUCAGCCGGUUUCGGAGCAUCACCUAGCACCGGUUUCGGUUUCGGCCAAACAGCAACCACACAACCGUCUACAGGAUUCGGCGGGCAAGCGGCGACAACCGGAUUCGGCAGUACACCGGCAACAACCGGUUUUGGCAGCCAGCCAGCAACAGCAACCAGUGGUUUUGGUUUUUCAACACCUGCAUCCGGUUUUUCUGCACCUCAAUCUCAAGCUAAUGCUGCUGCAACUACUACAUCAACUGCUCAACCAACUCAAUCGUUCAUGGGCGGGGCCACGCCAGGUUUCGGCCAAUCAGCGUUCGGCGCUAAACCAGGCUCCGCCUUCAGCUUUGGUGGGGGUAACACUGCAGCGCCUGCGUUCGGAAGUUCGCCUGCUACUACGACCACAGCAAGUGCGUUCGGCCAGAAGCCAGCCACUUUAGGUUUUGGUACAAUGGGGGCUACAACGGCGCCCACGAGUCAGACUACAACCAAUACGGCUGGGCAGACCGGGCUUAGUUCUGGAAUAAGCUUCGGCCAAACUACGGCCACUACGGCAACUACGGCGCCGACGUUUGGAACUGCGACCCCAAGCUUUCAGGCUGGACAGUUUGGCGGCUUGACUGGCGCACAACAAUCCACUCCAAUCAACUUCAGUACAUCUCUACCAAGCAGUCAACCUCAAACUGGGCUUAGUUUUGCGCCAGCCUCAACCGCCCAACCGGCACCCUCGCUGGGUUUCGCAACAACCACAACCCAAUCGGGGCUUAGUUUUGGAGGAAGCUUAUCGACGCCAGCAUCUACAGCUGCUACUUCGGCCCCAAGCUUAAAACCUACAUUGGGUCAAGCGUUACCUGCUGGACAAUUCCCUAAAACCUCUGGGUCAUUAAGCUUUACCCCAGCCACAACAACUCCCAGUUCUACAGCUACUACGUCUGCGGCCGCCCUUGGAGCUUGGUCUUCCCCAUUAACAACCUCUACCCAACCAACAACGGCGCUUAGUUUUGGAACAACAACUACAAGCGCCGCGCCAGCGCUCAGUUUUGGAGUGUCAACAGCAACAACGUCCACGUUACAGACUGGUUUUGGCUUGACGUCGACUGCAGCGAAAACUGGGCUUAGUUUUGGAAAACCUACCACUUCUGUUGCCGCUUCUUCUGCAGCAUCCACAUCAGCCCCUUCAGGCAUCAUAGCUCUAGGAAAAAGCACUGCUACCACAACAAUGGCGUCUUUAACUACAGCUACUACUACAACAGCCUCAGUUCCUCCACAAAUGGUGACAUCAAUAACAUUCGCGCAGCUCGAAGAGAACAUUAACAAAUGGACGUUGGAAUUAGAAGAACAAGAGAAAACGUUCAUCAACCAAGCCACGCAGAUAAACGCGUGGGAUCGACUGCUUAUUGCCAAUGGGGAGAAGAUUGUAGAACUAAAUGAUGCAGUGCAAUCAGUGAAGAACGAGCAACAAAGCUUAGAACACGAGUUAGACUUUGUACUAGCACAGCAGAAAGAAUUAGAAGAUUUGCUUGAGCCAAUGGAGAAACAAUUGUCUGAAGAAACUGUGGACAGACUGAGAGAUCCUGAGAGAGAACAUAUGUAUUCACUGGCAGAAAACCUAGACACACAACUAAGACAGAUGUCUGAAGACUUGAAGGAAGUCAUUGAACACCUCAACGAGACCAACAGGAGUCAGGACAGCAAUGAUCCUAUCGUCCAAAUCGGCCGCAUCCUCAAUGCCCAUAUGUCAUCUAUGCAGUGGAUAGACAACUCCAUAGCACAAAUAUCUACAAAACUGGAUCAGUUGAAGGCCACACAUGACACGCUACGGCGGGACAACGAAAGAUCGUACCAACUAACUUACAAUUGAUUAACAACUCUAUUACAUGUAAUACAGAAUAACAUUUUGAGUAAUCAAUGUUUGGAAGAGGACGGAAUAUCUUCAAGAUAUUUUUUCAAAUAAAUGAAAACAGAUUAGAUAGAAGCAAAUUAAAGUUUAGUAUUUGGAGCUAGCUACAUCACUCACAAGUGAAGUUAUGCUAUAUUUUAAAUCAAUGUACCUUCCUAGGUUUUUAUUCCGGAAAUAGGGAACAAAAUAAGUGUCCAAUUUGUUUAUUGCGGACGUUAAAAAAUUGUAUUCACUCAGACUUAAUAGUGUUGAAAU